AUGUCCGAGAGAAAGACUAGGGGAAGAACUUUAUCAAAAACUGACGAAAUAGAGAGGGAAGAAAGAUCUUUGAGUAGAACCACAACGGGAACUCAUGACAUCGGAGACACAGGUGAAGAAACAACACCGAAACCUUCAACAUCUAAACAUAAAAAAGAGGAAGAACAAACAAGUAAAGAAUCAACAUUACCGUGCUCAAUAAUAAAACCUGAAAUGUGGCAAAAAUUUAAUGGCAAUUUUAAUCAAUUACAUCCUAUGACAUAUUUAAAUAAUAUAAUACGCUUGACGCAAGAUAUCGACGAUAAUAAAACGGUCAUGAACCUUAUCAGACUUACAUUAACAGAGAAAGCUUUAGAAUGGUUUGAAAUGGUCUCUGAUAAAUGCCAAAACGCCGAAGAAUUUAAGAGAGAAUUCGUACACCAAUAUUGGAGUAGAAGUCAACAGGACAAACUUCGAAUCGAAUUACUAACUGGGAAAUAUCGAGAAGGGUUAAAGAAUAGAGAGAACUAUGCAUGUGAAUUAUAUAACAAAUGUAAGCAUAUUAAAGACCUAGAAGAAAGAAACAUAGUAUUAUAUUUAUUAAACCAUUUUACCAUGUCAGACAAUAGUACCAUUUUAUGCCAAAAUAUAAAUACAAUAGAAGAAUUAAUGGAAAUCUUACGAAGGUUAGAUACAUAUUCGGUGAUGAAUCGAAGAGAACAAUAUAAUAAUUAUAAAGCUAGAACAGAUCAAAACUAUGUACAAUUUAAAAAUGAUAAUAAUUAUAGAUACAAAUCUAACCUAAAUGAUAACAACUAUUAUAAAUUUAACGAUUACAAUAAUUACCACAGAGAAAAACAAAACGGAAACGGCUACAAUAAAACUAACCAAAACGAAAAUGACUAUAGGAAUUACAGAAACCACCAUAAUAACAAUAAUAAUUAUAAUAACGGAAAAGGUAACUACAAUAGAUCGGACAGAAAUGAAUAUCAUUAUCCACGAUGGGGAAAUCAUUACAACGGCCAAACCUUUGGAAAUAAUCCACCGAAUAACAAUAAAACGAAUCAGGUAAACUUAGUCACUCGAGAAAGUUUUGAUAGAAGAUGGUACAAAAGAGGUGAUGAAAACAACAGAAAUUUUAAACAUGACGAAAUUGUAGCAGACGUUCGCCGUUCAGGAAAUGAAGAAAGGAGUAAGAAAAAUAAAGGUAAUAAUGAAAAGAGAGAAAAGAUAGAAAGGAAUGAAGAAAAAGAGAAAGGUAAAAGAAAGAUAAAUAAUGUUAAUAAACGAGAAGUAUAUGAAAAGGGAAGAAAUGAUUAUGAAUUGGAUGAUUAUGAAUUAAAUGAUUAUGGAAUAAGUGAUGAGUUUAUAAAAUUGGAAGGGCGGGAGGAGAAGUUAAAAAAUGAGAUUGUUACAGAAGAUAAUAAAGAGAAAUAUAUAGAAUGUUUGUUUGAAGAAUUAGAAUUAGGAAAAGAAUAUAAAGAAAAGUUAAAAAGUAUAAUGUUGGAAAAUUCUAUUACUUAUAAUGAUAAAAUAACUUUUGCAAGAAAUUAUGAACAUAAGAUACUAAUUGAUGAUAAUCAACCGUUAAAUAGUAAACAUUAUCCGAUACCAUUCCAUUAUAGAGAACAAGUUAACUUUGAAAUUAAUAAAUUAUUAGAACAACAAAUUAUUGAAGGAUAA